AUGAAUCCCCAAACGCUGUUAGAGUAUCUACUUACAUUCUACCCGGUUUUCCUCAUGCUGUUGUUUGUCGUUGUUUUUGUGAUCCAAGUGGUCGUCACGAGCAAGACCGAGCAAAAAGACCCGCAGAACAAUGAGGGCCAGCAUCCCAGACAGACCUGGAACCCGAUAGCUUUCAGUCAGACUCAGCCUUUCUCCCGGACCGUCAAACACUGCUUUAACUGGCUCUCAGCUGGUGUGCUUGUGACAUUCUUUGCGAAUGCGACGAUAUAUACCACCCAUGUGUUAAUGGCCCGCUCCGAGUAUUGGUGGCGCGGGCAGUCUGUAGUGAUUUAUAUCGUGGGCUCUAUCUUUGCCUACGCAGUUAUUCUUCUCAGCAUACUCGAUACCAGCUCUUCCCCGACGGCCACUCAGCUCACAUGUUGGUCCUUCGCCAUUCCCACUGAGCUUAUUAUUCUUACCACCUCCCUCUCAAUUUAUACCUCAGUCCACUAUGAGCCAGUAGUCGGAGACCCCAACGGAGGCGCAAUGCGCUAG